AAGGAGCAAGAUCAAAACACAAUACAGGAUUCAACAAAUGCAAAGUAUGUACGAGAGAAAUUUUACGGCGCUGCAGUGUAAAACGUGUAAUCAUCAUCUAAUAUAACGCAGCAAUAAUUAUUAAAAUAUUUAUAAUAAUUAAAAAUUGCAAUAUUAUGAGUGAUCUGGUAAUUCAUCCUGGAUUAGGAAAAAAAGAUCAUGUUCUUGAUCGAAUAUGUUUGAAAAUUAUUGAGGAGACUAUUUAGGAAACAGCUUUUUUUCGUUCAAUAUCAUCCUCGGACGGUUCAAUUGACUUUAUCCCUUCUCCUUCUCCCGCGCUGUAACGACGUGCGCGCUGUCUGUCGGCCGUGCGCGCAACCGCGAACAGCUGUCGUCCGUGUGGUCUGUGUCAAAUCUUGGCAGGGGGUUAGCCGAGUGUCGGGCUAUUGCGGAUUGUGGUGCUGUGGUGUGUGUAUCGUGUACUCCAUCCGGCGAGGAUCCGGAAUUCGGUUCGAGACGAUUUGCGCGUGAUCCGAGGAAGCAACGACACAACAGGCACCAUGGCGUUCGCCGGGCUCAAAAAGCAGAUCAACAAGGCGAAUCAGUACAUGACGGAGAAAAUGGGUGGAGCGGAGGGAACGAAGCUCGACGUUGACUUCGUGGACAUGGAGAGGAAAACAGACGUCACCUGCGAGCUCGUGGAGGAGCUGCAGUUGAAGACGAAGGAGUUCCUGCAGCCGAAUCCAACGGCGAGGGCGAAAAUGGCUGCGGUCAAGGGUAUCAGCAAGCUCAGCGGUCAGGCGAAGGCCUCCACCUAUCCCCAACCGGAAGGUGUACUCGGGGACUGUAUGCUCACCUACGGCAAGAAAAUGGGCGAUGACAGCAUUUUCGCUCAGGCUCUCAUUGAAAUGGGCGAAGCCAUGAGGCAGAUGGCGGACGUGAAGUAUUCGCUGGACGACAACAUCAAGCAGAACUUCCUUGAGCCACUGCACCAUCUGCAAACGAAGGAUCUCAAAGAAGUGAUGCACCACCGGAAGAAACUGCAAGGCCGUAGGCUGGACUUCGAUUGCAAGCGAAGACGUCAGGCGAAAGACGACGAGAUUCGUCAGGCCGAGGAGAAGUUCGCGGAGAGUCUUCAUCUGGCGCAGAUGGGCAUGUUCAACCUGCUGGAGAACGACGUCGAGCAAGUCGCGCAGUUGGCCACCUUCAGCGAGGCCCUCCUCGAGUACCAUCAACAGUGCGUCGAGGUUCUCAGGGGGUUGACGGAAACGCUUCUGGAAAAGAAAGAGGAGGCGGCGAACCGACCGAAGUUGGAAUUCGUGCCGAAGACACUCGCGGAUCUGCACGUGGAGAGUGGGCUGGGGUCGGACCACAUGAACGGUGGGAACUUCUUCCUACACGGGGCAAGUCGAGCCGGCUCUCCGAUUCACGGGGACGGGAAGCGCUCGCAGCUCGAGCUAUUUCCGGCCGGAAACCCGCCACAAUCUACCAAUGCCUCGCCCUUGCCCUCACCGAGCAAGUCGCCAGCGAGGACGCCGAUAACACAACCGAGAACGCCGUGCUGCACAGCCCUCUACGAUUUCGAGCCUGAGAAUCCCGGUGAACUUGGAUUCAAGGAGAACGACACAAUCACCUUGACCCAGAAGAUCGACGACAAUUGGUACGAGGGCAGCCUGGACGGCCGCACCGGUUACUUCCCCGUGUCCUACGUGCAGGUCGUAGUGCCAUUACCCUAAGAGGACGCCGUGCAUCUCGAAGCCAAAGACCUUAUAUAUUCGUUCACUAGCGUCUACCACUACAGGAUUAUUCUGCUCUCCAGCUAGCCUAAAAUCUAGACGAACCCUUUCCCUCCCGCUCUCCCCUCUCGACGACUUAUCCACCUUGUCUAUCUGUCAACUUACGUUUGCGGUCUCUCAAGCUUGUGUCCAAGACGCGAUUCAAGAGUUUCUCUAUUCCACCCUUUUUUCCCCCCUCCCCUCUCCCGCCCUCUCUGUACGGAGUUUCCCUCCCUCAGACCCCGAGAAUAGCCUCUAUUACGCAUGUUAAUGUACAUAUAUAAUGUUAUAGUGUAUUUUAUCGACGUAAGGACCUUCGCGCGCGCAGACAUAUAUACAAUAUACAGGUACACAUACAGAGAGACAUGCAUACGAAUACAAACACGAAUGCAUACCUAGAAAAUGCAUAGAUACAUAUAGAUCGUUAUUAUACAAAUACGAAACACAUCGUAUAUUAACACAUACAUAUACAUAUAUUUACAGAUUAACAGACACACACGUCAAGGUACCUACGAUAGCAGUUCACUAUCAAGGGCGGCUCUCUUUCUCUAUCUCUAUCUCUCUCUCUCUCUUCGUCUUCUUUUUUACAUUAUCUUUCGCCUCGUCGAGAUGCUUUCGGAAUAUUUUCACCAUAGUUCGAAUGCACAAAAGAAAAAAAAACUCGAGCGCAGCGUGAAUCGAUGAUGGCGGAACGUGAAUUUUUCCGAUAAAUCCUGCUAGGAGUUUAAUUAGUUUUGUCCCGAAUGCGCCGCAUUGUCCCGACGAUGAGCCGAAGGCUCGGCUCGGCUUACGUUUCUGUCACAAGCUGUAUUUCGUCCAUCCAUCGCGUGUCGCGUGUGGGUUUUCGAAUGGCGUGAGAUUGCUCCAGCAGAUUGAACGUUUCGCUCGGGGGGUAAGUAAGGGUUUCGGGCUUAGCAUUACGCUGCAUAAUCGUCGAUUAAUCUUUCUUAAAUCUUCUUCUAUUUAUAUCGGGAAAUGUUAAAUGAACGAGCUGAGUCUGUUAACUAGAAAACUGUAGCGGAGCGGCGUGAUUCGAGUUGAAAGCUUCCAAUGUAGAAGACGACAUUAAAAGGCAACUUUCUUUUAAGUCAUUGCAUUUUUAAUUGUUGCACCGGAACGUUCUGACGUCACUGAAGCAAUCUUACUCCGGUCUGUUCACUUGCUCUCCUUUCGCGUAAUGCGUAGGAUUCUCGGCCAUUAAAUCGCGUAAGUUUCUUCACGGGUUCGUUUCUAUAAUCAAGCGCACGGCUUUUCUCGCGAGAGGCACGGUCGUCCGACCGCGGUGUAUAUUUUGCAUUGGUCCGCGCGCCGCAGAAAACUCAUUACUCGUGUAACGUACUCGUAUAAUAGUAAUAUUAUAGUGAUUCGUUUCCAUUCCUCAGUCGACCAUUCUUUCGAUCGUUCACUGUUCUUUUUUUAUUCGUUUUUUUAUCUUUGUUCCUUUCUUCUUCUUUGAUUGCUAGACGACACUAGCUAGAAGUUAGGAUUUACUUUAAGUGAACCUCGAAAUGGCGGCAAAUCUCUUCCACGAAGUCACUUUGAUUUAUUCGUAAUUGUUGCAGAUAAUAUUAAUUAACUUUUUACGAUCACAAUGUCAAUCGAUUUAUUUAUUUGUCGAAAGAAUUUUGGGUCAAUGCUGAAGAAAGCAAAACUCAAUGAAAAAUCUAUUUGUAUAAAAUAAUGUCAAUUCAAUUAUCCUUUAUAUUUUUUAUACAAUUUAUAUUUGUUUUCA